UUCGAAAAUAAACACUCGCCAGUUGGAAACGAGGGUCCGAAAGCCAUGUCAACAGCUUCGAAAGCUGCAAAGAAUGGUUCGCUUUCUCAUCGGCUUGAGCGCUGUUCUAGCUACGCUUUCGCUGACAAACUGCUUCAAUUUAGCUGGGUUUUUCGAAGAAACCGACAAUGAGCUCAAUCAGCACGCUUUUAAGCUGGCGAUCGACUGGAGCAACGAACGACGCAGUCCAGACAACCAGCUCAUCGCGGUGGGAAAAGAACUCGCCAUCGAUGAACCGUAUUCCGCCAUCACCAUCACCUGCGAUCUGCUGAAGGACGGAGUGUUGACGAUUUUUGGACCAAAGUCCAUCAGCAACAUCAACGCUGUCCAGUCGGUUUGCGAUGAAAAAGAACUGCCCCAUAUUCUGACCAGAUGGAUGUACUAUCCACUCAGACCUGGCACUGCAGUGAACUUUUACCCAUCAGCGCCUCUGCUCACUGAAGCAUACUGGGCAAUAAUCCAGGCCUGGAAGUGGCAAACCUUCACUGUCUUAUACGAGGACGAUGAAAGUUUGCUGCGCGUCUCCGAGCUGAUCCUGCAGGCUAAACAGGAGGGAAUUAUUGUUACUGUGGAGCAGCUGGAUCGUGAUGGAACCGGAAACUAUCGGGACGCGUUGAAGAGGGUCUGGAGGACCAAGCAGCGCUUUAUAGUCAUCGACUGCCACAUUGAUAAUCUCGUUGAGGUUUUAGUUCAAUGCCAGCAGGUCGGGAUGAUGACGAGCGACUACAGCUACUUCCUCACCAAUCUGGACGCCCAUACCAGGGACUUAUCACCCUUCCAGUGGAGCCAAACUAAUAUAACUGGGAUUCGCCUAGUGAAUCCCGAGUCCUCAUCGGUCCAAAGCAUGAGUCAAAAGCUGUUUUCCGAGGUGGAUCCAAUCGAUGAGCUCGUCCAGAUCGCUUCCAAGCUGGAAACAGAAACGGCCCUAAUUUACGAUGCUGUUAAUAUGUUCUCAGAAAUCCUCAACAAAAUGACCAUCUUGGAGCCGCCAGACACUCUGGAUUGCCAACAAGCCACCAAUGGUUGGCCGCUUGGAUACACUCUAGUCAACCUGUUGAAGACUUCCAGCUACAGAGGCCUGACUGGUCUGAUCGAGUUCAACAACGAAGGCCAUCGAAGCACCUUCGAUCUGCAGGUUUACGAGAUAAAGGAGGGCGGCAUCAUCAACAUCGCCGCCUACAACUCAUCGAAGGCCGAACUUAAGGUCACCAGGGUGGAGGACUACAGCUAUCCGAACGUGACUGGGGACAUGCGCAACCAGACUUUUACGGUUAUCAUUUCUUUGACCGAGCCCUACGGGAUGUUGAAGGAGACCCCAGAGAACCUAGAGGGCAACCAAAUGUACGAAGGCUUUGCCAUUGAUCUGAUUCACGAGCUUUCCUUGCUGGAGGGUUUCAACUAUACCUUCAUUGUCCAGCUGGACGGCAGCAAUGGGAACAAAGUGGACAACCAUUGGACGGGGAUGAUUGGGGCUGUUAUCGAUGGGAAGGCGGACAUGGCAAUAACGGACUUGACGAUCACCGCUGAACGUUCAGAAGCUGUGGAUUUUACUUCGCCAUUCAUGAAUCUCGGAAUCAGUAUCCUGUUUCAAAAGCCCACCAAAGCGCCUCCCAGCUUCUUCUCCUUUGCUGAGCCGUUCGCUAUCGACACCUGGAUCGCAUUGGCUAUCGCCUUUGUGGUGGUCUCUCUCUCCUUCUUCCUGCUGGGCCGGAUUUGCCCGGAUGAAUGGAACAACCCCUUCCCCUGUGUGGAAGAGCCGGAGUUUCUCAUCAACCAAUUCAACAUGUCCAACUCAGUGUGGUUUGCCACGGGGGCCAUGUUGCAACAGGGAUCAGAAAUCGCGCCCAUAGCAAUCCCCACUAGGCUGGUGUCGGGGGUUUGGUGGUUUUUUGUCCUCAUCAUGGUGUCCUCGUAUACGGCCAAUUUGGCCUCGUUUCUGGUCACGGAGAACAACAUUGAGCUGUUCAACGAUGUGAGGAGCCUGGUGGAAAAUGCUGAUAAGUACGGGAUUCGUUACGGGUCCAAAAACUUAGGAGCCACUAUGGGGUUUUUCAAGAAAAGCACCAAUGAGCUGUAUAAGAAAAUAGCCAAAUACAUGGACGAACACCCGGAAGACCAGCCAGCAGAGAACAAGGAUGGCGUAGCCAUGGCUGAGACAAUGAAGUACGCAUUUUUCAUGGAGUCCAUCUCCAUCGACUACAACACGCAAAGACAUUGCAAUUUGACACGAGUGGGGGACCAGCUGGAUGAAAAAGGCUACGGAAUCGCCUUAAAGAAAGACUCUCCCUACAGGACCAAGCUGAGUACGGCCAUUCUGAAGCUUCAGUCAUCGGGAGUGAUCGAAAAAAUCCGCAAAAAAUGGUGGGAGGAGCGCAAAGGCGGAGGCCAGUGCACGGGCACUGACGACGACACAGAAGCCACACCCCUGGACUUGCGCAAUGUGGAGGGUAUUUUCUACGUGACAAUCUUCGGGACAAUUCUGGGCGUGGCGCUUGUUCUGUUCGAGUACGCGUUCCACAUAAUGCGAGUGGCCGGCAAGGCCAAAAUCCCUCUCAAAGAAGCCUUCAAGCAGGAGCUGAAAUUCUUCUUCAAGUUCGGCAGCAAUGUGAAACCCGUGCUGGAAGGCCCUGAAGAGAGUGACGCAAAAACGUCGCCCGACCAAUCAAGAAGCGAACGCUCCAAGUCGAAAACCGCCACCACCAAUGGGGAGGCCGCUAGGCCUUAUGGGUUUGUUGUGUCUUCGCCCUCAUUGGAUCGGCUCACUGAAUCCCCUUAGAUCCACUAAACUCUGUUCUUCUGUUGAAGAAAUUCAUUAUUCGGCACACUUUUCGAAAAAACUAAACAAUUAUGCUUAAUUGCUGGAAGACUCUUCAGGCGAAGAUGAGUGGAGAAUAUUUAUGAAAGGUUUUAAUUGUUGCUGUUGAGUGUACCAGGACCGAUCACUAACUUUGUCUUACUUUCUCAAUUUCUCAGUUAUUUAUCCACUAGCUAGUUGACUUGAUAUCGAUGACCUAUCGCUUUACUGUUUUACGCUGUUGCAGUUAUAAAUAAAGUCUUAAGUUGACUCAG